AUGGAGCGUGUGAUUUUGCGUCUCCCUGCAAUGUUUUUAACACUUUUUUUAUGUACGCUUGCGGUCGAAGCCGGCAAAAAAUGUCAAAUGCUCACGGAGUAUAUAUCUGAUGGAUUCUCCAUCCCAAGUUGCGUAGGAAGUGAGGCUAAAAGUGGACUGUAUGUCACAACAAAGGCCAUAUUUUCUGAAAGUGCGGAAUGGAUGGAAGUCUUUGUAAACGAUGGCGGUGUUAUUCAAAUUCCGACAGGUAAAAGAGUCACCGUAAAUACAGAAAUGACGGUUUAUGGCAACGUCACAGUCACUGGUGAGAUGGCCAUCGCCACUUUAAUAAUUAGUAACGUGUCAAACCAUUUACACGUUUUCGAGGCGAUAAGUGUGGACAGUGUGUCAUACAGUUCUCUUUUCAAAGAGAUUGCGUUCUUGGCGAAGAAUAUCAUAAAACUUCCGAGCGAUUUAAAGAAGGUGGACUGCGGAUACACUGAUGGGUAUUACAGAGUUACAGCGAACAAC